AGUAGUCUGCGCAUGCGCACUGCUUGGGUAGUGAUCCUCCUGUGUAAACAGGAGAAGACUCUGCUCUUCUCUCAAAUGUUUACCGCGCUAUCUUCAACAAUGUUAUCGUGACUUUGUUACCCCACGCAUUCUCUGCUGUAUUCUUGUCCGCGCCUUGUGGACAUGCUGAGUGUGGACUCCUUGCAAGUGGCAGAAGAGGAGGUGGUGGACUCCAGCGCCACUAAACUGGGCGACAUUUUCACCCUCAUGGCCAAAGGCUGUUUCCCGCAGUCGAUGCUCGAUCAUCCCGUGCGGAAGAAGAACCUCCGACGAUAUUCAAAGAAAUUUAUCAUCGACGAUGGCAAGCUUUAUUACGUGGGCUUAAAGAAAGAGGAGAAACGAGAGGUGGUGAUCGAGGCUGAAAGGAAAAGACAGAUCUUCCUCGACUGCCACUUUAAUGACAUCGGCCAUCAUUUGGGUCAAAAGAAGACGGUCCACAGAAUUCAGAGGAAGUACUACUGGCUGGGAAUUAUUAAAGAUGUGGUGGACUGGAUUAAAGUAUGUGACAUUUGCCAGCACGCAGAGAGGAAUAAAAACCGGACGAGGACAGUUCGUCCGAUCCAAGUGGAUGCGCCGUGGGAUAUCAUUGGAAUUGACCUUAUAGGACCUUUUCCAGAGACCCAGCAAGGCAACACACAUGCGACACUCCUCAUCGAUUACUUCAGCAAAUGGCCCGAGGCGUUUGCGGUACAAAAGACCGACGCUGUGUCUGUCGCCAGAUGUAUUUCCAAAUGCAUGUCCAGGUUCGGCGCCCCUAAAACAAUGGUGUGCGCACAGAGCGCAGACUUCUGUGAUGAGGUGACAAAUCUGCUGUGUAACAGAUGGGGCGUCGUGCAGAAGGUCUCUCCUCUGGAUCAACCUCAGCUCAACCCGCUGCAUGACUGCACCAGUCCGUUGCUAAAGGAGGCCAUCUUUCAGAUGGUGACGGACAAGCAGGCGGAUUGGGACGACUUCCUGGACCCCGUGUUGUUUCUAUUCAGGACGUCCAUCAACCCGACGACAAAGUUCACUCCUUAUGCUCUCAUGUUUAACCGGAAGGCGAACACACCAAAACAGGCUACACUUGGUCCACUUGGAUAUGAUGAAGACUCAGACGGGUAUUCUUUCGAGGAGAAGGUUUCAACGUAUAUGACGAUAAUGCAGGAACAGCAGAACACUGUUAAGCAAUUGGUGAUAGCCAACAUGAAAGCAGCCUACAAAGAGGAGAAGAAGGACGUAAAACGAAGGUCACUAAACAAUCCCCUCAAUCUGCCCUUUUGUGCAGGGGAUAGCCCUCCCACGAAAAAAAUGAAAGAAGAGUGUUUAUAUUUGUCUUUCCCUGUGGAGACGGUGCUGGCCACCGAGCAAAGCAGCCCUGAAGAUGUAAAAACUGCGAUAACGUAUCACUUGUCUGAGUCUGACAUCCACUGAGUCUGUAAAAACUUUGAAACGGGCGUUAAGAGCUGCCGCAGGUUUUGGACGGGGGAAGACUGUAAAUUGUAAAAAGUUGUCUUGUUAUAAUUACCAGCCUUAAUUGCCUCUGCUGCUGUCCGUAAAAUCCCUAUCAAAUAUUGAAAUAAACUAAGUUAUUUCA